AUGGGUGGUGGUGCAUGGCCGUUCUUAGUUGGUGGAGCGAUUUGUCUGGUUAAUUCUGUUAACGAACGAGACCUCAGCCUGCUAAAUAGCUAUGUGGAGGUAACCCUCCACGGCCAGCUUCUUAGAAGGACUAUGGACGCUUAG